AUGAGCCACGAAAUCAUCGACAACAUCGCCGCAAAAGGCAUCUCCUACUACACCCCCGCCCAGUCCCCUCCGGCAGGCACCCAAAUCGACGGCUCAACCAAGCUCUUCUCCCCCCUCACCAUCCGCGGCGUCACAUUCCCAAAUCGCCUCUUCCUCGCCCCUCUCUGCCAAUACUCCGCCAAAGAUGGCUACGCGAAUGACUGGCACCUCACCCACCUGGGCGGGAUUAUCCAGCGCGGCCCAGGCCUAGCCAUCAUGGAGGCGACGGCGGUGCAGAAAAUCGGCCGCAUCACGCCGCAGGAUCUCGGUCUGUAUGAAGACGGACAGAUUGAGCCGUUGAAGCGGAUUACGGAGUUUGCGCAUGGCCAGGGCCAGAAGAUUGGGAUUCAGUUGGCGCAUGCGGGGAGAAAGGGGAGUGCGGUUGCGCCGUGGUUGAGUGGGAAUGCGAUGGCCGUGGAGGAGGUUGGGGGAUGGCCGGAUGAGAUUGUUGGGCCGUCGGCGAUUCCGCAGGAGGAGGGAGUCAAUACUGUUCCCAGGGCUUUGACAAGAGAGGAUAUUGAGGUGUUGAAGGGAGACUAUGCAGAAGCGGCGAAAAGAGCUGUCGAGGCGAAUUUUGACGCGAUUGAGAUUCAUGCUGCGCAUGGAUAUCUGUUGCAUCAGUUCUUGAGUCCAGUCAGCAACCAACGAACGGAUGAGUAUGGAGGUACCUUUGACAACAGAGUCAGACUGCUUUUGGAAGUCAGCGAGGCAAUUCGAGCUGUUAUCCCAACAACAAUCCCUCUCUUGGUUCGCAUCAGUGCGACAGACUGGUUCGAGUUUGACGAGAACCUCAAAACGGAAUUCCCCGAAAGCUGGACCCUCGCUCAAUCAAUCCAAGUGGCUUCCCUGCUAGCUGACCGUGGCGUCGACCUGGUCGAUGUCAGCUCCGGUGGUGUCCACGCCAAAUCCGCAAUCGCUAUCAAAUCCGGCCCUGCGUACCAGGUCAAUUUCGCCCAGGAAAUUAAGAAAGCCGUCGGCGACAAGUUGUUGAUAUCAGCUGUUGGGGGCAUCAAGACGGGGGCUCUGGCUGAGGAAGUGGUGCAGUCUGGCAUUGAUGCAGUGCAGGCUGGACGCUGGUUCCAGCAGAAUCCGGGCUUGGUUCGUGCAUUUGCGAAUGAACUGGGAGUGAAGGUGAGGAUGGCCACGCAGAUUGAUUGGAGCUUUGAGGGAAGAGGGAAGAGAGCAAAGAGUUCUUUGUAA